UAAUCAAAACUCUAAAGCUAUCAUUUUUUAAUCUAAACAGACAAGUUAACCUUAGGCAAAACAACAGACAAUGGACAUUAAUUGGUAAAUAUAGUAAAAAUGUGGAUCCAAGUUCGAACUAUGGAUGGGAAGCAGAAUGUCCAAGUGGAUAAUCUGAGCAAACUCACUGGCAUAGAUGAUCUAAAAGAAAAGCUUGUGUCACUAUUUGAUGUUGAACCCACACGGCAAAGGUUGUUUUAUCGUGGAAAGCAACUUGAGAGCGGGCAUACACUAUUUGACUAUGAUGUUGGUCUUAAUGAUAUCAUCCAGUUAAUGAUUCGUCCUCUCUUACCAAUGGAAGCAAAUUUAUCAGCAUCAACCAAGGAAAAAAUAUCAGAAAAUGAAAAUAAAAUCAAGGCACUUGAUAGAUGUAAUGACACGAAAAACGAAGAUGGCAAGUCCAGCAUUGAAAUGAAAGGACUGUACAAGAUUGGAGAUAUCAUUGAUGCAAAGACUGUGACAUGGGCGCUUGGUUUGAGGCAAAAUUAUUGGAUUUACUGCUAGGUGAUUCAGAUCCAAGCAAAAUACUUUAUCAUGUCGAGUUUGAUGGUUACGAAGAUGACGAAGCUGUCAAACUAAUGGAAAAAGAUAUUCGACCGAGAGCAAGUGUUCUACUGUCAUGGGAUCAAAUUACGGUCGGAAAGAUUGUAAUGGCGAACUAUAACACCGACAAUCCAAAGGAAAGGGGUUUCUGGUAUGAUGUAAAAGUCAUGAGAAAAAGCGAGUCGACGACUCGUGGAAGUAAGAAACUUCGUGCCAAGAUAAUACUGAAUGAAAACAAAAACGAAACAAUAUCGGAAGAAUGCGAGCUGUUGUUCAUUGAUGAAAUAUUUGAAAUACCCAACUUAAAUGAAGGAGAGCAAUGUUCUCAAGAUGAGUCCAGUGUGAUCAAACGUCAAAACAAGCCUGAUUGUGACAUCUGUAAAGACGACCCACUGAAACCAUGCAAGCACUGCGCAUGCUCUACGUGUGGAGGUAAAGAAGACCCAGACAAGCAGUUACUAUGUGAUGAGUGUAACAUGGCGUAUCAUAUCUACUGUUUGAACCCACCGCUGAAGAAAAUACCCGAUGACGAUGAAUGGUACUGCCCAUCAUGUAAGGUGGAUUCAUCUGAAGUUAUCAAGGCUGGUGAAAAAAUGCGAACAACAAAAAAGAAACAGAAAAUGGCAUCCGCCAACUCUCAAAGCACCCGUGACUGGGGUCGAGGUAUGGCCUGCAUUGGACGAACUAAAAUCUGUACGGUGGUUCCGUCGAAUCAUUUUGGUCCCAUUCCGGGAAUACCAGUUGGAUCUUCAUGGCUUUUUAGGAUCGGGGCGAGCGAAGCCGGCGUCCAUCGUCCUCAUGUCAGCGGUAUUCAUGGUCGCGAUAACGAAGGCGCGUUUUCAAUUGUGUUGGCAGGUGGAUAUGAAGAUGAUUGGGACAACGGAGACGAGUUUUACUACACUGGAAGUGGUGGACGAGAUUUGUCGGGCAACAAGCGGGUUGCUGAACAGUCUUGUGAUCAAAAGUUGACUAAAAUGAACCGAGCUUUGGCCAGGAAUUGUGCUGCGCCAUUGUCGGAGAAGGAAAGAGUAAAGGCAAAGGACUGGAAGGCUGGAAAACCUGUGAGAGUGAUUCGUAGUGGGAAAUUCAAGAAACAUUCUAAAUAUGCACCCGAAGUUGGUAAUCGAUAUGAUGGAAUAUAUAAGGUUGUUGAAUAUUGGCCUGAGAAAGGGCAGGCUGGAUUUAUCGUGAGACGCUACUUGCUACGCCGUGAUGACGAGGAGCCGGCUCCUUGGACUGCAGAAGGCAAAAAAAGAAUUGCUGAACUUGGAUUGACAAUGCAGUAUCCUGAAGGGUAUCUUGAAGCACAAGAAAAGAAACGGUUAGAAAAAGAAAAGCUGCAAGAAGGAAAAGGAACGAAAGGAAAACGAAAGAGAACUUUCAGUGACGUUCCUCCCGAUUCACCCUCGGCAAAGAAGUCUUACACAAUACCAAAAGAUAAAAUAACCCUUAUCAAGUCAGAUGUGAAAAACCAAAAAGUCUGGGAGGAUAUUCUUUCGUCUUACAAAACAAUUACCGAAUUCCAUAAGAGAGUUGAGGAAUCCUUUCUUUGUAUCUGUUGUCAAGAAUUGGCUUCGAAGCCAGUCACAACACAAUGCAAACACAACGUUUGUAAGGCUUGCUUGAACCGUUCAUUCAAAGCUGGUGUUUUUACCUGUCCAACUUGUCGUUUUGAUCUUGACAAGGAAACAAAACUUGAUGUUAAUAUGUGUUUGUAUGAUACACUGAAGCAAAUAUUUCCUGGAUAUGACAAAGGACGGUGACAAAAUUUUAUUUGGUUGUUUUCUUACUUCAUUUUUUUACUAGUGAUUCAGUUAUUUUCCAUUUAUAUUAAAAAUUUACUUUUUUUAUUAUAUUACAAUUUUAAUAAUGGUAAGUAAGGACAUUAGUCAUGUGACAAUAGGUACUGUUUUUGCCUUAUAGAACUCAAUGUUGCUGAACUCUUGCAUGAAGUAACCAACUAAAUUAAAAAUUUAUUUUUCGUUAAAA